AUGAGAGGGCUCCCCGUUCUACAGAUUUUUGCUUUUUCGGCAACGAUUGCGAAUCCUUUCCUUGAAAACUCUGACCAGGAUAACAAGAAGGCUUCGAAAGAAUGCAAUUUGGGAAAAGCCCUGAUGAAACAUUGUAUUCGAAUUCGAGCGUCGAAUAAGCGACAAAAGAACCUUGCGAAGCUCAAGAAACAUGUAAGUAAAAUCGACGCGCUCAGGCUGGCUUUCUCGAGCGAAAAAGUCGAUAGAUGGAGUGCCGUCGAUCUUGAACUCAUCGACGCAGUAGAUGUCGUCUCUGAUGGAGGCCCUUAUGAGGUCAGUUUAAAAAAUGACCAAGCUCGAUGCUCCUCAAUUCGUCUACGCUGGUGGCACAGCCAUUGUCACGAUUGCUUAGAAGACGGGCAGCUUGUCGAGAAAUAA